AUACGAGACGACCACCGAAGAGUAACAAAAAAAGAAGACCGAAAAACAAUAAAAACUUCAUCUGUAAGACGCGAGGCUUGGUUGAAAAAAUUAUAAAACAUAUUCAAUGUUCUCCGUUCUAUUUGCCGUGUUCAAGUGAAAACGCCUAAAUUGUUUGAAAUUUGAUCUUGGUUGAAGUGUAUAAUUGUGUGCUUGAUAUAGAAGAAGUGCCUUGAAAUGGAAGAACCCGCUUCAAUGAUGGAAACAGAAGACGCCACCAUAAAGGUGGAGGAAAUUUCGAUAUUCGAUGUGCUAGAUACGGAACCAGUGUCAACCAGCGCAAAUAAUGAUGGCCAUUUCGUUGAGCCCACAGCUAUGACAACAGCUUUACCGGAAGAUCCAAGUGUUGUGAAACCAACUACGAGCAUCGUUAAAUCGGAAACGCCGACAUCUGAAACUGCAAUGGCUGAUGGCAAAAUUGCCGGCUCCAGUUCCAGAAAUCUCACACUGCGAGAGGCAUUGGACUAUCUAGACGAGCUAAACUUGGAAGAUGAUGAUUAUCCAGCACAUGUAUACAUUCAACCACCCGAAAACGAUGGUAACGUAAGCGGUGAAGAUGGCGUUGAUGAUGACGAAAUGAGUGAUGUCUCAGACAAUGUAUGCGCAGGACAGCUGACAUCUGGUUGUGAAAUCGUACUGAACAACGGCAAUCGUAUCGAUGGCCUAACGCGGAGUGAAGAAAGUUUGAAGAUGACCGACUCUCCUGUUGAUACUCAACCCCCUCUUCUUGCGCCAACGAUUGAUUUGAGCGGUAAUUCCGUAUGGAAGACAGAUGACAGCUUUCCGUUGCAUACGAGUUUUCCUGAACCCAGCUAUGAAGAUUGUGUAAAUCUUCGACCACAUGAAUUGUUCGAGAAAUUCUUCGAUCUUGAUGUGAUCAAUCACAUCUGCGAGUGCUCUAACUUGUAUGCAGUCUAUCAUAAUCGCAAGCUGGAAAAUGCAAUAACUGUUGACGAGCUGCGUGUUGUCAUCGGGAUUUUGCUAGUUGCCGGGUAUACGGGUACGACCAGCUUUGAAAAUAUGUGGAGCGCUGAGGAUGACAUGCGGAACCUGUUGGUGUUCAACAGCAUGCGCCGAAAUCGGUUCAAUGCCAUUAUCCAAAACUUACAUUUCGAAAAAUCCUUUUAUACUCCAGUAACUGUUACUGAUAAAUUUUGGAGGCUACGGCCACUGAUCAAUAUGCUCAAUACUAAUAUGCUGAAAAAUUUUCAUGCCGAACAGAACUUAUCCUACGACGAAAGUAUGAUACCAUACUUCGCUAAGCAACGAUUUAUCCACGGGAAAUCAUUACGCUUUGGAUACAAAGCGUAUGCUCUUUGCACUCCAUCGGGAUAUUUGGUAAACUUCGAAUUGUAUCAAGAAAAAAGUCCAAGAACAAACGAUAUGUAUGAAAGGUGUUUUGGAAAAUGCGCAGCUCCUCUCUUCUAUAUGAUCGAUGAUUUGCACCCGGAAAUGCGUGACUUGCCGUUUUCUUUUUAUUUCGGCAAUUUGUUCACCGGGUUUCCGCUGUUGAUGUAUUUGAAAGACCAUGGCUACAAUGCAACUGGUACGAUUCGUGAAAACCGUAUUCUGAAAAAUUGUUCAAUUCCGAGCAAAGAACAUCUGCGGAAGAAAGCUCGCGGUCACAUCGAAUGUGGAAGAUUAGAUGGUACUGACAUUCGCUUAACUAAAUGGGUGGACAAUUCGGUGGUGUGCAUAGCGUCGACUGUAUACGGAAAGAUGCCUGUUUCAAGUGCUAAACGCUAUUCGAGAGAAGCCGGAAAAAGGAUCUUGAUUGAUCGACCAUGCGUUGUAACUGAAUACAACAAGAAUGUGUGUGGAGUCGAUCGUAUGGACCAAAAUGUAGCUCAUCUGCGAAUCAGCUACCGUGGGAAAAAGUGGUGGUUUCCUAUUUUUGCGUGGUUAAUCGACGUAUGUGUACAAAAUGCAUGGCAGCUGCAUCGACGUGUGAAUCCGACCACGACGCAAUUACAAUUCAGGCGUGAGUUGGCUGUUUGGUACUGCAAGCACUAUGGCCGUAUGCCGAAAGCACCUGGUGUAAGCGCGCUACACAUCAUAACCAAAAAACACAACAAGCUGAAGGAUAACGUACGCUUCGAUCGAACUGACCAUUUUCCGAAGUCAACCGAAAGUCGACGACGAUGUGCAGGCGAUACAUGCAAGUCUCAAACCCGCAUGGAAUGCAAAAAGUGUAAUGUUGGUCUGUGUUUAAGUUGUUUUGAAGCGUUUCAUACUGUGUCAUGAUUUCAUAUUCAUAUGACUUUUUAUGUUUUUAAUUUAUUUUCC